CCACUUUAAACCCCAUCGUCCUCGCCCGCCCACACCGUCGCUCUACGGCGAAUAUCCUCUCUCACCGUCAUUUCCUCGUAUAAAAUUCCCUCUACAUAUAUACCCACACCCCUAUGUAUGUAUCUUUUUAGGCGAAGAGAGAGAGAGAGAGAGAGAGAGAGAGAUACACAAUUACACACACCCAACCACCUAGUCACCUGGUAUGCCCCCCACUCCCAGACACAGAAAAGAAAGUAAAGUGCAAAGUUGUGGUCUUGAUGGGUUACCGGGUUAGGUUUUAGCCUUUCCUGUAUUCAUAUGCAUGAGAAUUGUGUGUGUGUGUGUAUGUACAGUCUAUUUUUAGUACUUGCAACCCGGAAUCUCUUUACUUUCGUCUCUCUUAUCUGAUAUCUCUUGCCAUCUCGCUUCUCUCGAGGUUCCUGCUUUAUUUUGUUUGUUUUCUAUCCGCACGGUUUCCCAGGCUCGAGUUCCCGUUGAAGUUUCAAACUCAAAGUCAUGGAAAGGCUCAAACUUUGGAAAGAUAUUUUUAGGGGUUUUCCGGAGUUUCUAUCUAAUUACUGAACAGUGUUUGGGUGCUUGGUACAUAAUUUUUCUUGGUUGAUUAAUCAAUCGGUGGAAAAAAUUUCCCCCCUUUUCUCGUCUGGUGAUUCUGGAUAUGGGUAUUCGAGUUUUUUAUUCUAUUAGGAAUCUAUUUGGUAAGCUGAGAAGGUAGUAGUACCGAUUUAUCGGGUAUGGAAAGAAUGGAUUUUGGCCAAUAAUUUGGGUUUGGGAGAGUUGGGCGGGGUUUUAAUUUUUUGGUAUGUGGUGUUGAGUAUGAGGGAGUCUGGGAUAAUCUAAUUAGGCUUUCGGACGAUGAGUUGCGGCAGUGAGAAGAACAGAGGAGGAGAAGAGGAAGGAGAAUAUGACAGGAGUUUUGGUGCACGGGUAUCUGUUGAUGGGUUAUCUUUGAAUGGAUCGAUCAUAGCUUCCCAGCAACUGUGUAUUGAUGAGAGAGUUCUGGUUGACCCAAGACUCAUCUUUAUUGGAUCAAAGAUUGGCGAAGGAGCUCAUGGGAAAGUCUACCAAGGAAGGUAUGGGGAUCAAAUUGUUGCGAUAAAAGUUCUUAAGCGUGGGGAUACUACCGAAGAAAGGGCUGCACUAGAAAGCCGUUUUGUGAGGGAAGUAGCAAUGAUGUCAAAGGUAAAGCAUGACAACCUUGUGAAGUUUAUUGGAGCUUGUAAGGAUCCUUUGAUGGUUAUUGUGACGGAGCUGCUACCAGGAAUGUCACUUCGAAAGUAUUUAAACAGUCUUCGGCCAGAAAAGCUGGACCUUCAUGUGGCAUUAAGCUUCGCUGUUGACAUUGCUAGAGCCCUGGAGUGUUUACAUGCUAAUGGGAUUAUACAUAGAGACCUUAAACCUGACAACUUGUUGCUCACAGCCAAUCAGAAGUCUGUAAAGCUUGCAGAUUUUGGGCUUGCAAGGGAAGAGACUCUCACUGAAAUGAUGACAGCGGAAACUGGGACAUACAGAUGGAUGGCACCCGAGCUGUACAGCACUGUGACUCUGCGUCAAGGGGAGAAAAAGCAUUACAAUAAUAAGGUUGAUGUAUAUAGCUUUGGGAUCGUCCUGUGGGAAUUGCUAACAAACCGCAUGCCAUUUGAGGGAAUGUCGAAUUUGCAGGCUGCUUAUGCUGCUGCGUUUAAGCAAGAGAGACCUGUUAUACUCCCGGAAGAGAUUUCACCUGAUUUGGCGUUCAUCAUGCAGUCAUCGUGGGUUGAGGACCCUAAUAUGCGGCCAAGCUUUAGUCAAAUUAUUCGGAUGCUCAACGAAUAUCUGCUCACGCUCCCAUCCCCGCCAACCCCAUCGCCAGCCCCAGACACCGCUGAGGAGGCAAUGGCUAGCAACGACUCCAUAGUGGAGUUCUCCUCAAGAGCAAAAGGAAAAUUCUCCUUUCUUCGCCAACUUUUCGCUGCAAAGAAGGCCAAAAACUCACAGUGAUCGAUCUGGAAAUAACCGCAAAAGGGCGCCCCUCUAUCCCGCCUUCCAGGCAUGGGCAGAUGCGAACGAAGCUUGGCAGCCGCCUUACAAUGGUGCAGGCAGGAGAUGAUGAAACAACAUAGCGCGGGAAGGCUAUGUUCUGGAGAAUCAUCGUAUUGACAAAUAAAAUGAUCUAAAGGAAAGGGUACCUUAAGAGAUGUUUUGUUUAGGUGACAACCUAAAUUGUAAAGGAACGUGUUCCAAAUGAUACUAUGUUCAUAUCCAAACUUUUGUCCUUUUUUAAUGUUGUUUCUUAUCCAU